UGUACGCUGCUGUCCUUAGGCACUUCCCUUCGGUCGUGUGCGUCACUUGUGGUUUCGUUAAACCGCAUCGCGUCUCGCUCUCUUUCCAAAUAAUACGACACCGUGCCGAGUCGUCGUUAUUGUUUCGUUGGACAGCGACCCGGCUGGCAGGAUCUCGAUUUCGAUUCGAAGCGACAAACGAGCAUCGAACCGCCUGCACGCCCUAUUGUGCUGAUCAUUGGACCGGACACAGUGAUUUAUUGGGAACUAUUACGCAGUUCGGACCGCCUGCGUUCAUUCCGUCUUUGUAGCUGUUUACGUGAACUGGUGCGACGAGUUGCGUCCGGAAGCACAGGACGCGCGUGAUCUUGCUGAUCGGCGUGUUUGAUGACAGCAGCCAAGAAGACGAAUAAUGGACGCUAUGGAUGAGAAAGGCAAAAUGGAGAAAGUGGAGAGCAUGGGCGAGGACAAGGACAAGGUGGACGUCGCGGAGAAGGACGCCGAAAUGGACGCUGUCGAGGAGGUGGUGAUCAAGGAUCCGUCGGUGAUCGUCGACACCACCGACAAGAAGCGGGAAUACAAACAGCAGAACAAUUUCGCGGCGAAGAAGACGGUGGCUCAGGGGAUGAUGGAUGUUGCUCUGAUCACCGCGAACGCGAAUCAGCUGAGAUAUCUGUUGGAGUAUCAGCAGAAGAGCAGCACCUUCGUUCUCAUACUGACGCUGAUCAUCAUCAGCCUGGCCCUGCAGGUCGCCGUGGGUAUCAGUCUGGUGUUCAAGGGCCGUUACGACAUCAAGGGGAAAUCGAACUCCCUCACCGCCCAGAAGAUCAACAAUUACGUCGUGAUCGGAGUUUUCCUCAUAACGAUCAUCAAUGUUUUCAUCGCGUCGUUCAGCAUUUCCGUGCAGCCGUUGGAUACAACGACGUAAACAAUGGAUACAAUCGACGCCCGUAUGGAUUUUCAAUGUUCGAUCGAUGAACACCGACGAUCGCGUGAAAAAUCUGCACGAAUUAGCGCUCUCUCUCUCUCUCUCUCUCACUCUCUGUAUCCCUAAGUAUUUGUUAUUAUCAUGAUCAUGAUAGUAAUGACAAAACGAUGUUCUUUUGUUUCUGUACGAGAUUAUUAUCCGCGAUAAGAUACACGGGGCAGACGGUGCAACAUAGAUUUGUACACUAGCUUCGCAACGUUGCAAGAUUGCCGCGCAAUUAGGGUGAAAAAUUCCCGUCUGAACGAUCGAACGUGUUUCAGCCGUUACCACACACAUAUGUAUAUGUAUGUAUCGUUAAAAUGCGUAAGUUCUCUUUGCGAACAAUAUGUAUAGCAAUGUAUAAAUCAAUAAAUUAUUUAAGUUGUCAACGC